UUUUCAACCGUACGGCAUUUGCAAACAAAAGCAAAAAAACCCAUUAAACCCGAAAUCCCGAUUUUCGCUUCCAAGUAGCACUUUUGGAAACCCCGCGGACAUUGAAACAACAUCAUGUUGAACACGAAAGCCGUCGAACGCGGAUCAGUGGUGAUAGCUCCUCACAUGAUGUUCAGUUUAAUUGGUUGAGGAGAGAAUUUCGGUUGAUCCCGAGGUCGUAUCUUCAUGCAGAUGCAUGCGAAAAAGAUGAAUGAUCGACGUGUAUCAAACAGGUUUGUAUGCUGAGCACUUUGAUGUUGCCUUAAUCACUUGGAACGAUGGGCUAUAAAAAUGAGAACAUUCCUGUCUGAUGUAGUUAGAAUAUACCAAGCCAAAUACCGAAUCUCAACUGUCAGGUCAGUCAUCUCAGCUCUUCUGCACUACUCUUCUACCAACUCGCCAUGGGUGUACUGUAUACAGAAGCACUGGCUGAGCUUAGCUUUGGCUCUGUGUUUGCUCUUUUAGGCAUUUCUCUGUUUCUUUACCUUGUUGUCAGUUCUACCUAUCACGCUUUCUUUCACCCGCUCGCCAAAGUCCCAGGUCCGAAGCUACAUGCCAUUACCCAGGUUCCAUAUCUCUACUACCUCAGCAAAGGCGAUUGGGUCUUCCACCUCGCAAAGCUGCAUGAACGAUAUGGGCCAGCUGUCAGAUUCACGCCUAAAGAUGUCUCCUUCAUCACUGCGGAAGCUUCUAAGAAGAUCUACGGCCACAAAGCAGCAGGCCAAAAGUCAUUUGAGAAAGACUUUCGUAUGUAUCGUCAAAACCGCCCUUGCUCAAGCAUCGUUCGUUCCGACCAGGAAGACCACAGACGUAUGCGCCGCCUACUCGCGCAUGCCUUUUCGUCAAAGGCACUUCGCGGUCAAGGCGAUGUUGUGGAUCACUACGUCGAACUGUUCAUGAAAGGCCUCACGGAGCGGGCACAGCGAGGAGAGGAAAUCGACAUUGUAGCUUGGUACAACUUUGCCUCGUUCGAUCUCAUUGCCCAUCUCGCUCUUGGUCAGCCAUUCGGAUGUCUUGAGAAUGGAAAGUAUCAUCCCUGGGUCAGCAGAGUCUUCAAGGGCCUCAAGGUUCUUUCCUAUACUCAGAUCUACGUGCGCCUUGGACUUCAGAAUUGGAUUUCUUGGCUGAGUCCACCAAGCUUGAGGAAGAGCUAUGAAGAGCACAUGCAGUUUGCAGAGCAUGCGGCUCUUGCCCGCAUUGAGUCCAAUGAUACAGAGAGCCAAGACUUUAUGUCAUAUGUCCUUCGUCAUAACGAUGAGAAGGGCAUGUCGCAGCUUGAGAUCAUCGAGAACUCGGGCGUGAUGAUUAUCGCUGGUAGCGAGACAACAGCUACCCUUCUCAGUGGAACCACCUAUUUCCUUCUCAAGAAUCCUGACAAGCUUGAGAAGUUGACUAAUGAGAUACGUUCUGCCUUCAGCUCUGAGGAAGAGAUCACAGUUACUCAGGUUGAUCAACUGAAGUAUAUGUUGGCCGUCUUCAACGAGGGCUUUCGCAUGUACCCGCCAGUGGCUAUUGGACUUUCAAGACUUUCCCCAACCGGUGGCGAGUUCAUCGAUGGCUACUGGAUUCCUGAGAACACUGCGGUUUCGAUGCCUCAUUGGCCUGCAUAUUACUCAGAGCUGAACUUCAGAGACCCCAAGAAGUUUGUUCCAGAACGCUGGCUGGAUGACCCUCGAUAUGCGAGUGACAACCGGGCUAUCUUAUCGCCAUUCUCCCUAGGACCUCGUGAUUGCAUUGGCAAGAAUCUGGCGUAUACCGAGAUGCGACUCUUGUUGGCUCGUAUGCUCUGGAAGUUUGACCUCGAGGCUGUACCGACUGAAAAGAACUGGUACGAUCAGAAGAUCUUCUUCCUAUGGGAGAAGGGCGCACUGCCUAUCAAACUCAAAGAGGUUGUUCGCGAGAAAGUGUGAGUGUACAAGGGCUAUUGUCAAGUUACAGAAGUCGAGGACUAUAUGUUUGGUAAAGGUCUAUGGAGGAUAUUCUGCUUUAUUAGAACCAAGUGUUCUCGGGGGUCGUGGCAAAAUGCUAGUAUUGGUUGCCAAUGAUCAAAACGACCUAUGAUUAAGGCAGCCCGGCUCAAUGACCUCCAGCAGGUCAGUCAAGCCACCAGAUAUUGAAUAUGCAUUUCUAUACCCGAC